AUGGGUAAACGAUUAACAGAUGAUAUAAUUGAUGCAUAUUGUGAUAAGUUGCAAGAAAGUGUUGACAAAGAGGUUGAUGGAAUGCUUGCAAUGCAAUACAUUUUAUUGGAACCGAAUUCAAUAAAAAAUUUGAUAAAAGGUGAUAAAAAUAUAUGUCAAGUAAUUUAUGAUCACUGUCGUGCGCAUUAUUUAGUGCUAUUCCGAAAUAAGCUCAAUCCGAAACGUAUUAUUGUUUAUGAUCCUAUUGUACCGCAGCAAGAUUUCGUUUUUGAAACGCUCAAUGAUAGUGUUCGUGAACAGAUUCUGGCCAUGUUUGGCCAUUUGUAUCAGGACGACGAAAUAGUCGAAAUUGCAGUUGAGACAGGAUUAAGUACACAAAAUGAUUGCUGGUCUUGUGGCCUAAGAGCGGUCGCAUUCAUCACACAUUUAUUACUUGGUAUCAAUCCUGCUAAUUAUGAAUAUGAUUUGGAAAAAGUUGGAAAAUUCAUUAUGGAAAUUAUCAAAAUGGACAGGCCUAAUCGCAAAGUAAUCGCUGGCGGACAAUUUGGCCAGGAAAGAAAAGGCAGUAAAUCAUGUUUAGCGAUUGUACGCGUAACCAAAGGUGGAAAUUUUUCGAUAAAAAAUGAAAUAGCAAAUGUUACAAUUAAAGAAUCUUCGGCCGAAUCAUUAUUAAAUGGCGGAGACAAAGUACUAAAGGGUGAUGAGAAAAAAUUAUCGAAAUUAAUGUCAGACAAUAUUUCUGGUGACAGUAACAGCGAUGACAAUAACAGUAAUAGAGAAGAUGGUAAAUAA